CCUGUUUCCAUGAGCCGAUGGGAUUUCCUGUUAACCCCUUUGUACUCCAUAAGGAAAACGUGGAAAUAGACAAGGUUUGCGAUGGUUCCGGGGACCAAUAAUAAGAUUGAAAAAAUUGUGGUAAGCAAAUGCAUAGUGAUUGUUGCUCAUGUUUUCAUAUCAUGCCAUUUUUUUGGGUUGAAAUUUUUACUUGCAACGAACCACCCACUUCCAACAUGAGGCAAGCGAGCCAAUCAAAGGGUCGCUCUUUGUCUCUUUUUCUCACAAACUGAAAGUUUUAUUGUUUUGACUUUUGACGCACUGGACUCCUUAAUUUGUGAGUCAUUCGUUUGGUGGUUGCUAUGCGUCUAUAAAUAAGGACAUAUUUCGUUUACUUGCCACGAAACCGUAUUCGAUCCUACUUUCUCUUUUUUUUGACUUUCUGAAUUUUUCAUCGGCCCAUGACCGGCGCUUUACUCCAACCUACUGCGACGGGUACUUUACCCUCCAAUUGUCACACGAUUGAAGACAUAUGCGGCUACAACACCAACGUAUUUGCCGGUAAAAACGAGCAAAUGGGGGAAGUGUGUGCGUAUUUGGAAAAAACGGGCUUCCUUCCUCCGUCGUUGGUAGAAAACGAAGUAUCCUGGUUCUACGGUAACCUAGGUAUUGAUGAUUAUUAUUUUGCCUUGGAGUCCGUGGAAACCAUUGCCAAUCAUAUCAUGGCAUUGUAUGGCGCCAAGAUUCUCGCUUACACCAAGAACGAGAACGUGUUGGAUAUCAACCUCGAAAAGGAAUCCGAAGACUCGUCCAUUUAUAUUCAUUCCUCAAGACCUGGUGUGUCCCAAGUCAAAGGACCUCAAUGCGAGAAAAGAAUUGACGAAAAGUACCUUGAUACGUCUUUGCCUUCACAAGCUUACCGUGUGGAGUCUUAUCGAUCGACUGGUACGGUUUCUUCCAAUCUAACGUCGCAGCUGCGUUGUUACUUUGUGACCAAGUGCCAAUUUGUGAAUGCCACGCCUACUCCCGAGGAAGAGGGCGACAUUCGUCAAGUCGCCGAUCAAACCUUCCUGCAAAAAGCCAAUGCACAUACCUUGAAAGUCUACGAAGCCGUGAUGCGCAAUGUGCUUCAACGUACAGGUCCUGUCAUUGAGAUGUAUGAAGUUCAAGGAAGCCGCGAACGCCGAUUGAUCAUCGGAUACCGCCAACGCAGCACCCAAGGAUUCCUUUCCGCCAUGUCCGAUUUGUACCACUACUAUGAACUGUUUUCGGCACGCAAAUAUGUUGAACAAUUUUCCAAUGGUGUCACGAUUAUGGGCCUGUACUUGAACCCAUUGCCCCAUUCGAAGGCUGUGCCUAUUGAACAUUCCAUUUACCAGGUGAUGAAGGAAACUUCACUGUUAUACUGCUUGCCAAAGACGCCGCUUCAGCAGUUUUUCAAGACCAACAAAUUAUCGGUGCAAGAAACAGUGUAUGGUUAUGUGGGAUGGAUAUUUGCGCAGCAUUUCUUGAACCGACUUGGAAAGGAGUACACGAGCUUGAUGGAUAUUCUGGAUCGCAACAACCCUAUCCAUGAAGAAAUUCUCUCCAAGAUGAAAAAGCGGCUCCGUCAGGAUACAUUCACUCGCGAGUACAUUCUCGAUAUCAUCAAGAUGUAUCCCGAUCUCAUCAAAUUGCUCUAUGUCAAUUUUGCCACGGUGCACUACGUCAACCAGCGUGAAGCUUCCUUGCAACCUACCAUUUCAUACCAGCGGCUAAGCAACGUGGAACAUUUGACGGAUGACCAGUUACUGAAAAAGAUCAAAGCUGUCACUUGCAACAGCCAUGAACAGCUUGUGUUUGAAGCGUUCCUUACUUUUAACAAGCAUGUGCUCAAGACCAACUUUUACCAGACUACCAAGGUCGCCCUUUCCUUCCGGCUGGAUCCCAGUUUCCUGCCAGAGAUCGAGUAUCCCAACAAGUUGUAUGGCAUGUUUCUCGUGAUUGGUUCUGAAUUCCGAGGUUUCCAUCUUCGUUUCCGUGAUGUGGCGCGUGGCGGUAUCCGAAUCAUCCGCUCGCGCAACCCUGAAGCUUAUUCCAUCAAUUUGCGCACGCUUUUCGAUGAAAACUACGCUCUGGCAGCAACCCAGCAGCGCAAAAAUAAGGACAUUCCCGAAGGCGGCUCUAAGGGCACGAUUCUGCUCGAUAUCAGCCAGCAAGAUAAACCCGUCGUGGCUUUCGAAAAGUACGUGGAUUCCAUCCUCGAUCUCUUGAUUGCUGGUCAAAGCCCGGGGAUCAAGGAACCUUUGGUGGAUCUGACGGGUAAACCUGAAAUCUUAUUCUUUGGGCCCGACGAAGGCACGGCCGACUACAUGGAUUGGGCCUCCCAACACGCUCGUCGUCGUAACGCCAGCUUCUGGAAAGCCUUCACUACCGGUAAAAGUCAGUCGUUGGGCGGUAUUCCACACGAUCUGUAUGGUAUGACGACUCGAUCGGUGCACCAGUACGUGCUUGGCAUCUACCGUACCUUUGAUCUGAAUGAAGAAGAAUGCACCAAGGUACAGACUGGUGGCCCCGAUGGCGAUCUGGGAUCCAACGAGAUCAAGAUCUCCAAGGACAAGACCAUUGCCGUUGUUGAUGGUUCCGGUGUGCUGUACGAUCCCCAGGGUAUCCAUCGGGAGGAAUUGACUCGACUUGCGCACCAACGUGUCAUGAUCAGCAACUUUGACACCAGCAAAUUAUCCGAUCAAGGGUUCCGUGUUCUGGUCGACGAGCAAAACGUGACGCUUCCCGAUGGCACGAUUGUAGAAAACGGGCUGUCUUUCCGCAACACAUUCCACAUCCACCCAUUGGCAUCGGCGACUGUGUUUGUGCCUUGCGGUGGCCGGCCUGAAUCGGUGGACCUGAACAACGUGCAGAGCCUUUUGAACCAGAACGGUAAUCCUUUGUACAAGUAUAUUGUGGAAGGCGCGAAUCUGUUCUUCACUCAGGAAGCGCGCUUGCGGUUGGAAAAGGCGGGCAUUGUGAUAUUCAAGGAUGCUUCAGCCAACAAAGGUGGCGUUACCUCGUCUUCUUUGGAAGUAUUGGCCGCCCUGGCUUUCAGUGAUCCCGAAUUUGAAGAACACAUGUGCGUCAAAGAUAACCAGAUUCCGGAAUUUUAUGAAGCCUAUGUCAAGGAAGUGCAGAACAUCAUUGAACGCAACGCAGCGGUGGAAUUCAACGCCCUUUGGCGCGAACAUAAAAAGACAAAAACGCCUAUUUCGAUCUUGUCGGAUGAUCUUUCCACGGCCAUCGUCCAGCUGAAUGAGCAACUGCAACACACUGGCUUGUGGGAGAAUGUUCAACUCCGUGAAGCGGUUUUGAAGAAGGCCUUCCCUAGACUGUUACUAGAGAAACUUGGAUUGGAAACGCUGCUAAAACGAGUUCCUGAAAGUUACGUGAAAGCCAUCUUUGGUGCCUACCUUGCAUCCCAAUUUGUGUACAAAUACGGCAGCCAACCGGAUCAUUUCGCUUUCUUUGAAUUCAUGCGCGAAAACUACUAUACCGAAACAGAGAAUGCCGCCUGAACUUGAGAACAUGCAUGUCAUUUCCAAAAACAUUUCAUCCUUUCUUUUUUGUUAUCCUGAUCCAUUUUCAUAACCUCUAUUUUUUUUUGAAAGAAUAAUAAAAAGUCUUGUUACAAUUUACAGUAACCUAUUCAAACAGAA